AGUUACUCCAUAAUGCGUGCGCGUUUUAUUUAUUUUGAUAAGGUUUAUUUUAUUAACCAGUUGCUGGCAAAUUGGCAACUACACGCGUCUUGGCCAAGUUAACAAGCAGAUGUUGACUAUCUGUGUGUAUGUUGAAGAAAUCAAAAGUGAAACCCCACUAACGUGAACAAUUCAAAAAAAAAAAAAAAAAAAAAAAAAACAGAUGAAGAAAAACAACGAAAAGGAAAAAAAAAAAAUGUGUUGGCGAAAGAACUUCGCCUCGCUUGACGGCCCUAAUUGUCUAAUGGUUGCGCGACUGAGUUGAGGCCCAAAGCCUGCCAAGCGACACGCUCACAAUUUUUGUCUCAAAUUGCCAAAGCGCAAUUUGUCGCCAAAUGGCAAAAUGAAAUAUACAACAACAAAUAUAUUCCAGAAAGCCGUUUGGCAAUUGUCUUCUUCGAGAAAUGUUUUAUAAAGUCCAUUGACAGCGCUGGCAGCAGACUUAGUCGCAAUGUUCGUCGGCAAUUGGAAACUACUCGGUCUGUGCCUCUACUUGAGCCUGGAGCUGGGCUCUACGCAAAACGCCAGCCAUGUCGUCUGGGAGCCAAGUGGGAAUACGAGUAAACGAGAAGUGCCGAAUCGUUUGGAUUACGCUGGCACCAACAUCGCCAAGAGCUACGAUCCGCCGCCGGAAUUCUACCGGGGACCGGGCAGUACCAUCACCAGUCCGGCUUCCAGUUCCAUCUCCGGCGCGGGCACGUCGGGCUUGGCUGGCGCCCAGCUGGGCAGCGUGGGUGAAUCGCUGAGUGAGGCCUACAACAAGUGGAAACAGAGCGCCGGACAGCACGAUCGCAUCAGCGUGGGUCACUUUGGCGGCGGUGCAACGCAGACGGCGCACAUACAAACACCACACGGACAUGCCAGCUAUGCCUACGAGGGGCAUCCCUAUGAGUACGCCGGCGUAGGUGCGGGCCAUGGCAGCUACUAUGGCGGGAGCAGCGCCGAGACGGGCAUUCCCUUCGAUGUCUAUGGCUCACGGCCGGUGCAUGGCAGCCAUCAUCACAUCCACUAUCCGGGGCCCAGUGCAGGCGGUGAAUACGCGUACUUGGAGCCACACGAACUGGCCACUCACAAAGGGCAUCCGGAGCUGUCGCAGAAAGCGCUGCUAGCCAAGAGUUUUCUCAUUCCAUUAGCCAGCGCUGCGGUCCUGGGCAUAGCCGCUGCUUUGGUCAGUAAUCCGCUGCUGCUGCAGCUGGGCACAGUUUCGGGCUUAAGCGGCGGAUUCGUGCCGGCUGUGGGUAAACGCAAGAGGCGUGCGCUACGAAAGGCCUAUGCAGCACAUAAAUAGCGGAUUUUAAAAUACAUAAACGACUAUAACUCGUCGAAAUGCUCGCAAAAGCAACAACUAACAAUAACAAAAACUAUUUAAUUUCCAAUAACUCUUUUUCGUUUAAGUGCAGUGGGUUAUUCAUUUUUAAAUUUGGCGGCUAAAGUGUCUUAUACUCCAAUACUCUUAUACUUCAUACCCGUGCGUUAAGUGUAUAACAUAAGUGUUAUCGUUGCAACAGCGCGAUGUUAAUUAACAUAGAACUGUUAGGUAGCAGCAAAAGCUGUUAGAUUUAAAUUUCAUUUACAUUUUCCUUGUGUCAAUACGUAAAUAUUGCCUAAGAGAAACUAAAAUAAAAACUUAAAUAUAUAUAUUUCAUGCGAUUGAGUCUAUCAUAUACGAGCUCUUUAAGUUAAGUAAAAUAGGCAUCACGCUUCUGGGCCACAACUCAUUUAACGCUAAGACAAACUUCAUAUGACAAAAAAAAAAAAAAAAUGCGAGAAAAGAAAAUGCAACAAAUGUAGUCGUUCGGGUAAAACGCGAAUGGAAACCAUAAGUACAAUAAUUGAAGAAAAUGUCAGCCACACACGAUGGCUACGUGACUUAAUAUUGCCUCAUGACGUCCCAUAAUAACGGCCGCAACGUGUUGCUCUCU